AUUCGACCUAUCCGAUAUCAAUUUUUGUCAAUUGAAUUAGAAUUUACGAAGUUUGCAGACCAAUCAAAACUUGAAUUGAAGACCAAAUGAUGUAGGGACCAAACAUAUGUCACACUAUAUGUUGGUUACACUGUAGUAUUAGUCUAAUCACGUAGUUUGUGGACCAUCAAGUAUACUACUUGUCUCUUUACCAAUGAUGUUGCUAAAACAUUGUCAUUAUGUUCUAAGCUUCUGAGAGAAACAAGUUUCACUUGUUAGGUACAUAUCACCUAGGUAGAUUGGUCCUAGGAUUAAACAAUAAUUUUACACAGUAAAUAUAAGAAAUCAUCAUAUAUAGUUUUACACAGUGUAUAUAUAUGAUAUAUGAAUUUUUGAGUCCCACCCAACCUUAAAUGCUCUUUCUUGUCUUGAAAUAAUAAUAAAAUCCCAUGAAGGCAACAUUGAGAUACUUAGCAGGAAUUGCAGGGCCAAGUGGUUUUGGCUCAAAUUCAACUGCUGAACAAGUUACUCAAAACUGCUCUCAGUUUCUUCCUUCCAAUCUAACUGCUCUCAUCACUGGUGGCACUUCUGGAAUUGGAGCAGAAACAGCUAGAGUGUUGGCAAAAAGAGGAGUGAGAGUUGUGAUUGGUGCAAGGGAUUUGAGGAAAGGAAGAGAAGUGAGAGAGAAUAUUCAAAAGGAGAGUCCAAAUGCUGAGGUUAUUCUGUUGGAGAUUGAUCUUAGCUCUUUUUGUUCUGUACAAAGAUUUUGUUCUGAGUUUUUAGCUUUAAAUCUUCCACUUAAUAUUCUAAUAAACAAUGCUGGCAUAUUCUCUCAAGAUUUGGAAUUCUCUGAAGAAAAAAUUGAGAUCACAUUUGCUACAAAUUACUUAGGACAUUUUUUGUUGACAGAAAUUUUACUAGACAAAAUGGUUGAAACAGCAGAAAAAACAAGUUUUGAAGGAAGAAUAAUAAACGUUUCUUCUGUCAUACAUAGCUGGGUGAAGAGAAAUGGUUUUUGUUUCACACACAUACUCAAUGGAAAAAACUAUAAUGGAACGCGAGCUUACGCUCAAUCGAAAUUGGCGAAUAUUUUGCAUGCUAAAGAAAUAGCCAGACAACUCAAGGCAAGGAAUGCAAGAGUAACUAUGAAUGCAGUUCAUCCUGGUAUUGUGAAGACAAGAAUUAUUAACAAGGGCUUAAUAACAGAUUCCUUAUUUUUCAUUGCAUCAAAGUUACUCAAAUCUGCACCACAGGGUGCAUCAACAACUUGCUAUGUGGCUUUGAGUCCAAAAACAGAAGGAGUGAGUGGAAAAUACUUUACAGAUUGUAAUGAGAGUAAGUGUUCUCGCUUAGCAAAUGAUGAAUUAGAAGCUCAAAAGUUAUGGAACAACACUCAUGCAUUGCUUCAAAAACGACUGCAUCAAGCAACAAUUUGAAGCAACAAUAUUCUAUAUAUAAGAGUUCAAGGGGCUUUAGUGUUUUAGUAUCCCCUUCAUAUGUAUAGUUGGCCACAUUGGUUUUGUUGUACAAAUAAGAUAUCAACAUGUAUAAAUAAAGUAUAUAACCAUUACUAUAAUAAAGUGAUUGGUGGUUACUCUCUAUGAAGCAAAAAUGAGAGCCAAUUUUAAUCAA